AUGGCUGCCCCAAUCUCAACCAUCGCGGAGAGCCGGGAGCUCAGAGGGCUUAAUCUUGUCGCCGCGCAUUCGCAUAUCAGAGGGCUUGGGGUUGACCCCGAUACGCUUCAACCUCGCUCUUCUUCGCAAGGCUUAGUCGGCCAAGAGAAAGCCCGAAAAGCAGCUGCGGUUAUUCUCCAGAUGGUCAGGGAUGGGAAAAUCGCCGGACGCGCCGUUUUGAUCGCUGGCCCGCCCAAGCACUGGAAAGACCGCGAUUGCAAUGGGAAUGGCACAACAGAGGCCCUAACCCAAGCGUUCCGCAAGUCUAUUGGUGUACGGAUAAAGGAAGAGAGCGAAAUAAUUGAAGGGGAGGUUGUGGAAAUACAAAUCGACCGCAGCGUUACCGGGGGUAAUAAACAAGGCAAACUAACCAUCAAAACAACGGACAUGGAAACCAUAUAUGAUAUGGGAACCAAGAUGAUUGAUUCAAUGACAAAGGAGCGCGUCAUGGCAGGUGACGUUAUUUCCAUCGAUAAAUCUUCAGGCAAAAUCACGAAACUCGGGCGCUCUUUUGCCAGGUCGCGAGAUUACGACGCCAUGGGUGCCGACACGAAGUUUGUCCAAUGCCCAGAGGGGGAACUUCAGGUUCGAAAGGAAAUAUUGCAUACUGUUAGCCUGCACGAAAUCGACGUGAUAAAUUCGAGGACUCAGGGCUUCCUGGCGCUAUUUUCUGGUGAUACCGGUGAAAUCCGGAGCGAAGUCCGCGACCAAAUUAAUACAAAGGUUGCCGAGUGGAAAGAAGAAGGAAAAGCUGAAAUAAUCCCUGGAGUUCUUUUUAUCGAUGAGGUUCAUAUGCUGGAUAUUGAAUGUUUUUCAUACAUCAAUCGCGCAUUAGAAGCGGAACUCGCUCCAAUCGUGAUCAUGGCUAGUAACCGGGGUAAUACCAGGAUUCGAGGAACGACCUACCGAUCUCCUCAUGGCCUCCCGCUAGACUUCCUCGAUAGAGUUGUCAUCGUGAGCACGCAACCUUAUACUCGGGAAGAGAUCCAACAGAUUUUAGCCAUUCGAGCCCAGGAGGAAGAGAUUGAUCUCACACCCGAUGCACUCGCACUUUUAACCAAGAUCGGCCAGGAAUCGGGUUUACGUUAUGCCAGCAACAUCAUCACCACAUCGACCCUAUUGAGCCAGAAGCGAAAAUCCAAAGAAGUUGGUAUGGAAGAUGUGCAACGCAGCUAUCGCCUCUUCUAUGACCCGAUUAGGAGUGUGGGCUUUGUCAAUGACUUUGAAAAGCGGUUCAUUGGGAACGAGGGUCAGGUCAACUUUGCCCAUACGAAUGGCGACAUUAUGGAUACCUCGUAG